AUAUUCACGUUUUAUCUGCCGCAAAAGAUUCACGUUUUCAUUCACAAGCAAGCAUUCAUGUUUACACAGAAAAUCAAAAAUCAACAUCAAAUUCAUUCAUCCAAACCAAUCUCAGCCUUCCAUUCAAAAUGAUCAAUGGCCCAAAAUUGCCCUAAACCACCUCACACGGCUCACCCUCAAAUUCCUUCCAAAAACUCAUAACUCGUGACUGAAUUUUCCCUCUCACUUUGCUCACACAAUCCUCACGCAUCCAACGAAUCGCAGCACGAAGUCGUUUGCAUAUUCACGUAGCAUCAUUACUGAGUAGUACUGAGCGAUUCACAGCCUUCAACAAAGAUCUUCAUCAACUCACAUCAUCAACUUGCAAUCGCAACAAUUCAGAACGUGAGCAACACAACAACAAACUCAUAGUCGAUUUCCAAAUGCAAAAGAACUGAAGAGGAGGAGCGCACAUUUAUCUCUGGUUUUCUCUUCUUGCGACAUCGACAAUUUUACAUUCAACAAUUUCCGGCGAAGCCUCCUCGCCGUAGGUAGGGCUAGAACUAAAUGGGAGUGAUCAAGGAUGGCACAAUCUCCGGGGUCCUACCGGAGCCUCAUGGAUUUCUUGUCCACUAUCCUGGUUAUCCAUCCUCCACCUCCCGUGCUCUUGACACACUGGGUGGAACUCAGGGCAUCCUUAAGGCUCGCAGUUCACAAUCAAACAGAUUGGAGCUUAGAUUCCGCCCUGAAGACCCGUGGUCUCAUCCUGCAUUCGGGGAGCGUCGUUCCACUAAUGCUUUGCUUUUGAAAAUAUCCAAGAAAAAAAUUUCUGAUGAUGAUGGUGCGGAAGCUUCUAAUAGCAUGUGUGGAAUGGAGGAUGGGAUGCAAGAAAGUCGUGUAGAAAGUGAGGACGAAGCUGCGGAUAAAGUAGAUGAAAAGGAAAAUCUUUGUGCUGAUAUUGUUGCUCAUGUUCCCGAGGCUUAUUUCUUUGAAGGAAUGGUAGACUACCAGUAUGUUGUUCCUGUCCACGCGGAUGUUGCAAAGAGGAAGAAGAGAAAUUGGUCAGAACCAGAAGAAACAGGCUUAGCUAAGGGCAGUCAGAUAGAUGUGGAUCAUGAAGACAUUAUGAUCAUAGUGCCUCCGAUUUUUUCUCCAAAAGACAUGCCAGAAAACUUGGUCUUGAGACUACCUUCCAUGCCAAGUUCAAAAAAGAAAGACGAUCAAGAAAUUGCACAGCCCCAUUUUGAGAUCGACAGGGAGCCAGUUCUUGCACUUGAUUUUCACAUUAAAGAAAUUCCUAAAAAAGUGAAUUGGGAGGAAUACAUACCACAAGGCUCAAAUCAUUGGGAGUCACAAAUGGCCGUAUCUAGAUUGUUUGAUGAGAAACCUAUAUGGUGCAAAAACUCACUUACUGAACGCCUGCUCGAUAAGGGCUUAAGCUUUUCGCAAGGCAUGAUUAGAAGGCUUCUAUCUAGAAUUGCUUACUACUUUUCGAGUGGACCAUUUCUAAGGUUCUGGAUAAAGAAAGGAUAUGAUCCACGCAAAGAUCCCGAUUCUCGCAUUUAUCAAAGAAUUGAUUAUCGAGUACCAGUCCCAUUGCGAAGUUACCUUGAUAGUCACGUGGCCAAUAAAUUGGAACAUAGAUGGAGCGAUAUAUGUGCCUUCCGGACCUUCCCUUACAAGUUCCAGACAUCUUUACAGUUCUUUGAGCUUGUUGAUGAUUAUAUUCAAGCUGAAAUAAAUAAGCCUCCAAUGCAGAGAACUUGCACCUUCGAAUCUGGGUGGUUCUCACUCCGAAAGAUCAAUUGUAUUAGAAAACUUCUUAUGGUGAGGUACCUAUCAGUAUUUCCCAAACCUGGCGCAGAGAGUUUACUCAAGGCUGCUACUUACAAGUUUGAGAAAAUGAAGAGGGAGUGCAAUAGGAUCGCUAUGAAGCUUGAUGGAGUGGAAUCCCAGCAAGCUAAUACAGGCAUGGAAGAAAGUGAAGAGCCCGACAUUGUUGAGGAUGAGGACAGGGAGGCAGCUGAGGCUAAUGAUAGCGACGAAGAGGAAUCGGAAGAAGAACUUGAUCUGAUCGGAGAUACUGAAAUGCCUCUGCCGUCUCCUUCUCGUCUCAAUAUUUCAAUGACACACUUACAGGAUCUGUUUGGUAGCUUUCCAUCAGAUGAAAUUGACGGCAACAAAGCGCCGGAAAAUGGUAGUGACGAAGAAUACCAGAUAUACGAGGAAGAUAGUGAUAACUACUCAGAAGAAUGAUUGCUGACUUUUAGAAACUAGAAGAAGUAUCAUACAAUACAGAUUCUUUCUGCAAUUGUAUAUGGAGAUUUAGAUGUUUAGUUUAGAGGACCAUAAACAUGUUUUUUGAGGCAAGCUUUAAUGUUUGUUGAAGUUAUAUAUGAUGGUGGUAGAUUAUCUAGUUUCUUUUUAAAUAUUUUGGUUCUAAA